ACCAUCGUCUGUAUUCUUGGCUUGGCGACGACGGGUGUUUGUGCAGCCAAGGAAUUUUCGCCAAUUAAAUUUUAUUGUAAAGUCCGUUUUAUUUAGUGUUACAACUAAUUGAUUGCGUGUUAAAUAGAAUUAAGUGCUACUGUGCAACUAAUACGUGCAGUACAAAUCAAAGACCAACGCAGCAAAUAAAAUAAAGUGCGGCGGCGUCUACUGUGUGUGCAUAUUUUGCAGUCUCUAUCGCGCUUUGGUUUCGUCAAAGCAGACACAAAAUUUACACAAACAACUAAAAAGCACGUGCAACGAAACAGCAGCAGCAGCAAAAACAAAGUCGUCAUCAUGGAGAAUGGUAAAGGUAAAGGCAUGUCCAUCGAACAGAUGUACCAGAAGAAAUCGCAGCUGGAGCAUAUUCUCUUGCGUCCGGAUUCGUAUAUUGGAUCCGUGGAGUUUACCAAGGAGCUAAUGUGGGUACAUGAUGUCGAAAAGAAUCGCAUGGUGCAACGUGAGAUAUCAUUUGUGCCGGGACUUUACAAGAUAUUCGAUGAAAUUCUGGUGAAUGCAGCUGAUAAUAAGCAGCGCGACAAGACGAUGAAUACGAUUAAAGUUGACAUUGAUCCGGAGCGAAAUCUUGUGUCCAUUUGGAAUAAUGGCCAGGGUAUACCGGUAACGAUGCACAAAGAUGAGAAUAUGUAUGUGCCCACGAUGAUAUUUGGUCAUCUUUUGACCUCAUCCAAUUACAAUGAUGAUGAGAAGAAGGUAACUGGUGGUCGUAAUGGCUACGGUGCCAAAUUGUGCAACAUUUUCUCGAACAGCUUCACCGUGGAAACGGCGACAAGGAAGUAUAGGAAGUGCUUUAAGCAGACCUGGGGCAAUAACAUGGGAAAAGCAGGUGAUCCAGUUAUUUCAGACUUUAAUGGCACCGAUUACACAAGGAUAACAUUCAGCCCCGACUUAACUAAGUUUAAAAUGGAAUCACUGGAUAAUGAUAUUGUGGCGCUUAUGUCGCGUCGCGCCUACGAUGUGGCAGCAUCCACGAAGGGCGUGUCUGUGUUCUUGAAUGGCACCAAGGUGCCGGUGAAGGGCUUCAAGGAUUAUAUUGAUCUGUUUAUCAAGAAUACAGAUGAUGACGCUGGCCAGCCUAUGAAGGUGGUAUACGAGGCGUGCGGCGAUCGAUGGGAAAUUGCUUGUUGCCCCUCGGAUCGUGGCUUUCAGCAGGUCUCGUUUGUUAAUUCCAUAGCAACCACCAAGGGUGGUCGCCAUGUCGAUCAUGUGGUUGACAAUGUGAUCAAGCAGCUGAUUGAGGUGCUCAAGAAGAAGAACAAGAAUGGCAUCAGUAUAAAACCCUUUCAAGUGCGCAACCAUUUGUGGAUAUUUGUGAAUUGCUUGAUCGAGAAUCCCACAUUUGACUCGCAGACCAAAGAGAACAUGACACUGCAGGCCAAAAGCUUUGGCUCCAAGUGUGUGCUCUCUGAGAAGUUUAUUUCUAAUGUAUCGAAGGCGGGCAUUGUGGAGUCUGUACUGGCCUGGGCCAAGUUUAAGGCACAGAAUGAUAUUGCCAAAACUGGCGGCAAGAAAUCAUCUAAAAUCAAAGGCAUACCCAAGCUGGAGGAUGCCAAUGAGGCAGGCACAAAAAAUUCCAUAAUGUGUACCCUCAUUCUUACCGAGGGAGACUCAGCCAAAUCCUUGGCUGUCUCCGGCCUGGGCGUGAUCGGACGCAACUACUAUGGGGUCUUUCCGCUGCGCGGCAAGCUGCUCAAUGUGCGCGAGGCCACCUUCAAGCAACUCACUGAGAAUGCGGAGAUUAAUAAUCUGUGCAAGAUUAUCGGAUUACAGUACAAGAAGAAAUAUCUAACCACAGAUGAUCUAAAGACGUUGCGAUAUGGCAAAGUUAUGAUCAUGACUGAUCAGGAUCAGGAUGGUUCCCAUAUUAAGGGUUUACUAAUAAAUUUCAUACACACCAAUUGGCCGGAACUUUUGCGUUUGCCCUUCCUCGAGGAGUUCAUAACGCCCAUUGUGAAGGCAUCGAAAAAGAACGAAGAGAUUUCCUUCUAUUCGCUGCCCGAAUUCGAGGAAUGGAAAAUGGAUACGCCCAAUCAUCAUACGUACAAUAUCAAAUACUAUAAGGGUCUCGGUACUUCGACUUCCAAGGAGGCAAAAGAAUAUUUCCAGGAUAUGGACCGCCAUCGGAUCCUAUUUAAGUAUGAUGGCCAGGUGGACGACGAUAACAUUGUGAUGGCCUUUGCCAAGAAACAUGUGGAGUCGCGCAAAACCUGGUUAACCAAUCACAUGGACGAGGUGAAGCGUCGCAGGCAAUUGGGUCUGCCAGAGCGUUAUCUGUACACCAAGGGCACAAAGCAUGUUAGCUACUCGGACUUUAUCAAUCUGGAACUGGUGCUUUUCUCCAAUGCGGACAACGAACGUUCCAUACCCAGUCUGGUGGAUGGCCUUAAGCCCGGUCAGCGCAAGGUCAUGUUUACGUGCUUCAAGCGUAACGAUAAGCGUGAGGUGAAAGUGGCCCAAUUGUCGGGUUCGGUGGCUGAAAUGUCAGCCUAUCAUCACGGCGAGAUGUCCCUGCAGAUGACCAUUGUGAAUUUGGCACAGAAUUUUGUGGGCUCAAACAAUAUCAAUUUGUUGGAGCCGCGCGGUCAGUUCGGUACACGUCUCACUGGUGGCAAGGAUUGUGCGAGCGCUCGUUAUAUUUUCACAUUGAUGUCGCCGCUAACACGUCUCAUCUAUCAUCCGUUGGAUGAUCCCCUGCUGCAGUAUCAGGUCGAUGAUGGUCAGCGCAUUGAGCCAAUUUGGUAUAUUCCCAUUAUACCGAUGGUACUGGUGAAUGGCGCCGAGGGCAUCGGCACUGGUUGGUCCACCAAAAUAGCCAAUUAUAACCCACGCGAGCUUAUCAGCAAUUUGCGUCGCAUGAUCAAUGGUGAGGAACUGUUGCCGUUGCAUCCAUGGUACAAGAAUUUUCAAGGUUCCAUGGACUAUGUCUCUGAUGGUCGCUACGUACAUUCGGGCAACAUUCAAUUACUUCCCGAUAAUCGCAUAGAGAUCACUGAGUUGCCCGUUGGCGUUUGGACGCAAAACUACAAGGAGAAUGUGCUAGAAGUUUUGUCCAAUGGCACCGAGAAGGUGAAGGCAGUUAUAUCCGAAUAUCGUGAAUAUCAUACGGAUACCACAGUGCGUUUUGUCGUCAGUUUCGCGCCGGGUGAAUUUGAGCGUCUGCGCAGCGAGCCUGGCGGUUUCCAUCGUGUCCUUAAGCUGAGCUCAUCCCUAUCCACAAACCAGAUGCACGCCUUCGAUGAGAACAAUUGUCUGCGUCGCUUUCCGUCACCUAAGGAUAUAUUGCAGGAGUUUUAUAAACUGCGCUUGGAAUACUAUAAUCGCCGCAAGGAUUAUCUUGUGGGUCAGCUGACGGCACAAUCAGAUCGCCUGAGCGAUCAGGCCCGCUUCAUUUUGGAGAAGUGCGAGAAGAAGCUGACGAUUGAGAAUAAACAGCGCAAGGCCAUGAUUGAGGAGCUCAUCAAGCGUGGCUAUCGUCCUGAUCCUGUAAAAGAAUGGCAACGACGGAUCAAAAUGGAGGAAGCCGAAGCUGCCGAUGAUGAUGACGAUGAGGAGGAUGAGGGUGCAGAGUCGGCUACGACUAGCAGCAAGAAGGUCAAAAAAGAAGUAGAUCCCGAAAAGGCUUUCCAGAAGCUAACGGAGGUCAAGAAAUUCGACUACCUGCUAGGCAUGUCCAUGUGGAUGUUGACAGAGGAACGAAAGAACGAGCUACUCAAACAGCGUGAUCUCAAACUGGCCGAGCUGGAUAAUCUUAUAAAGAAGAUGCCAACUCAUCUAUGGAUGGAUGAUCUUGAUAAUCUUGAAGCUAAAUUGAACGAAGUUGAGGAGAAGGAGCGACUCGAGGAGCAGGGCAUUAAUCUUAAGCAAGCCAAGGCCAUAAAAGGUCAAAAGCCGGCAACAAUCCGUGGCAAAAAGGGCAAAGCUGCCGCUGGCAACGCAGACAUCUUUCCCGAUCCCAUUGGCGAACGUGUGGCAUUUAAGAUCACUGAUGAUAUUAUUAAGAAAUUCCAAGCCGCCACAAUAAUCGCCGUCAAGGCUAAGGAGCGGAACACCAAGGUUAAAAUGGUUAAGAAGGAAACUGUCGAAGAGGUCGACGAUUUUGACGUCUUGGUCGAGGGCGGCGCUACAAAAACCUCGCCCAAGGCUAAGAAAGCGCCAGUCCUCAAAAAGGAGCCAGCCGAGAAGAAGCCGCGCCAAAAGAAGGAGAACGGCGAUGGACUUAAGCAACCCAAACUAGACUUUUCCAAGGCUAAGGGUUCAAAGAAGGAUUCCCCUGAUGAGAGUUCCGGAGAUGUCGAAAUGGAAACGUUACGUGUUGAGCGGCCUGGUCGCCGUGCCGCUAGUAAAAAAAUCGACUACUCCUUCCUAUUAUCGGAUGAUGAGGGUGGCACUGAGGCAGCCAGCGCACCAGGAAACAACGAUGAUGGCGACGAGGACAUCGAUGAUUCACCCAUCAAACGACCGGCGGCGGCAAAGCGUCAACGUGACGACGACAGCAGCGGCGGUGGUGCCAAGAAGAAGAAGGCACCCAAAAAGCGAUACGCCAUCGAUAGCGAUAGCAACGAUGAUGAGAUUGAAUGCUUGGACGAUGACGAUGAUUCCGAUUUCGAGGCAUAAGCUAUAUAGGCAUUACGAGUCAAUACUUUCCAGCAGCUGUUAUGUUUAUUGCUCCUGGAUCUACUCCUGGUAUAUUAUUACAAAUAUUUUACCAAAAAAGUUACCGAAUGCAUAGAAUACAAAUUGUGUUUAAGGUCAUAAACUUGGUUAAAAUAAGUAAAGGAAAAAGUAUUUCUAAUAUACGAAUGCGAAACGUUCAUAGAAACAUACAAAAUUAAGGAAUUUUUAAAACAGUUUGUCCGCUUCAUUUUUCAAAAUUUCAUCAUAUUUGAUUAUUUUAUUUUUAUUGUGUAACAACUUCGCAACAUUCUUUCAAUUUAUAGUUUUUAAUAAGGAGAACGAUAAACUACAAAAACAAAAAAAAAAAGAAAAACAAGCGAUAAUCCACCAUUAUAUAAAAUACAAAGCACUCUUUAAUCUAUCAAUUAUCAUGUUUUGUAAACAUAGUUUGUAGUCACAUACAAUACCAUUUUUUUCA